AUGGCCAGUAACAAUCACAUUGCACUUAGAGACAACGGAGGUAAAAUAUUAUCCAUCAGAAGCAUAAGCGGUAAGUCGCCGUCAUGUAAUGGGUCUGCUAAACGGACGCGAAAGGUAUGUUCGUUCGGACCUAAAGGUUCGGCAACCGUGAAGUUUGGUAGCGCGGUUACCAAGUGCUCCAAAGGCGCAAACGCUAAGUUACCGUUCUGCAAGUUUCGUCGACAAAGCGGCAAAAACUCGGUGGGCACAGUAGACCAAGCGAUCCGCGAGAGAAAAAUAUUUACCUCAGUGGCUAAAAUGCCAGCCGAGAUUCAGACGAUGUUGAUCGAAAAUGGCUGGAUCGGCAAAAUUACUGUAGACGGCAACUAUUUCCGACGAGGCGGUUCCACCGUAAUAUUAUCAUUACACAGUAACACCGAGCGCGUCAAGGCGGUUGUCAAGCUUUACGAGUCCGGUCUGGUAUGGAUAGACGAGCACAGUGGCGGCGUCAACUGGAUGACGCUAGACCCGGAAGUCGUGGUCAACCGGUUCCCGAGAAACGCGAACGCAGCGUUGAAAUUGUGUGGCCACGCUCUGGCUGGGAAAUCCGAAUUUAACAUCCACUACCCGAGGGCAUACUCGACAAGCACCGACGGGAUAUACGUGGCCGACUUCGUUGCAGACUACUCUUUAACCGCUUGCGUGUCGUUACUGCGUGCAUUCGUGGACGGCGGUCACCGUGCUAUGUGCGCCAAAAACGGUCAAGCUCCUCUUUCGGCACUCCACUUCGCCGCGAUUAAAUGCCACCAAUAUUUAACGAACGGCAGGUCGCUUGGGGCGACAACGUUUCCGGGCAAGGGAGAUGGCUGGGAAACGUUUUUUGAACACUACUACAUGAUUGUACACGACGGGAAGAAGUUUACUGUGCUGGGGACGGGUGACGAUGUGGAUGCUGCGCUGUGCUAUCUGUCUGCGUCUAGUAAACUGAUCGUGAACCAGAUGACGGCAGCGAGGCCACAGACAGCGAUGGACGGCUACGAGAACAUUUGGAUAGUCAAGGAUACGGCGGGCCACCGUCACCGGCCGGUGAUGUUGAACAAGAUCAGUGACGUGCUGGACCGUUGCGCGAGAGCGGGUGACAACGACUACAUCGUGCAGAAGUACAUCGAGACGCCGCUACUGCGUGACAACGUCAAGUCGGACGUACACACGUGGAUUGUGACAUCGACGCUUGACGGCAGGCUGACGGUGUGGUUGCACCGUAUGUGCGCCCUGCAACCUUACCCGCACGGAUUCUCACUGUACCAGAACUCCGACAGGUCCGGACACUACAACCGACUCAAGUCGGGGAAGCUGCACGGGAUGGUGCGGUCGACGGCGCUGAUUUGCAGCCUCAAGCAGCUCGGGGCAAAAAUGCGGCGAGGUACAAAAAUUGACAAGGUGCAGCAACAGCAGAAGCAGCAACUGGUCAACGACAAAGUAGAAGACGGCGAAGGCGGCAACGACGUCUACACGGCGGUCAGGAGAUCCGUGGUGUCAGCGGUAACUGCGGCCGUGGCAUCUGGUUCUCUCAACCUGCGAUCCAACUGUUUGGAACUUUUCCGCGGUACGUUUGUGUUGGGCGAUGACUUGAGGCCGUGGUUGAUAGACAUCGUGUCGGACGACCCGUGCCUGGCAGCCGACUGCGCCGAACACGACCGGGUGGCGCCUGCAGCUAAACGCGUGGCCCAGAGCGUAGUACAGGGCGUGGGCUUGAUGCUGCUCAAUAGAGGCCGUGGUUGGGCUACCCGGAUUGGCAUGUUCGACAUGGUGCAUGAGUGUCCGAUGCCCGAAGGCGCCGGAUCGUACACUCCGCGACAGUUCACCAAGUCCAAGUCACUAGCCAGCAGGACCCACCGGCCACGCUUGACGACCACGCGUGCCUCACGCAGCGACCACGUGGAACUUGACCAUCACUGGUGGAGUGACGAUAACAUCCACACGUACGUUGAGAUGAUUAGCGCGGACGACGUGCAGGAUAAACAGCUAACACCUUUGGCGACCGAUCUGCUGACGGCAAUGGCGGCAGCGACAGCGGCGGCAACAGCGGACGAUGAUGAUCCGAUUGCCAGGUCGACCGAAAAACAAGGUCUUUGCGACCCAUACGACAGCCAUCGGUGUUUAAAGCUGUUGGACAAGCGCAAGACGAAAAUCGUGUCCGUUCAAACGAUUUGCAAGACAAUAAUACGCCGAAAUCGCAAUAAUAAGAAACGUAACGUGUGA